UACUUUGUGAAUCCCGACACGAUGAAUGGUGAGUCUUUUUUGAAUUUGUCAUGCUGUAUCAUUGAUGAAAAUAACUUUUCUUGUCUCUUUUUCCCAGGCUUUGAGCUGCCCAAAAAGAGCUGCGAACGAUCUCUGCCCUGCUGCACAGACGGAGGACUUUUGUUGAGCGCCAAGGCCCCCCAAGUCAGCGGGGUCAGAGUGCAGCUGGAGAUGCAGGCGCUCUGGCAGCAGUUUGACCAACUGGGGACGGAGAUGAUUGUCACUAAGUCUGGAAGGAGGAUGUUCCCAACUUUCCAAGUGCGAAUCUCUGGGAUGGAUCCCUCCGCUGAGUAUGUUUUACUCAUGGAUUUUAUCCCAGUGGAUGACAAAAGAUACAGGUAUUCGUUCCACAGCUCCUCCUGGUUGGUAGCAGGGAGAGCAGACGUUGCAGCCCCGAGCCGCAUGCAUUUCCAUCCCGACUCGCCUGCACCAGGAGCCCAGUGGAUGAAGCAAACGGUGUCCUUUGACACUCUGAAGCUCACAAACAACCUGCUGGACGACAACGGACAUAUGAUUCUGAACUCCAUGCAUCGCUAUCAGCCUCGCUUUCAUGUGGUGUAUGUGGAUCCAAGCCCCAACAGCCACCUCAAUGCCUACAAGAACUUCUGCUCUUUCUUCUUCUCCGAGACGCGAUUCAUGGCUGUCACGGCUUAUCAGAACCACAGGAUCACUCAGCUAAAAAUUGCAAGCAACCCGUUUGCUAAAGGUUUCAGGAACACGGACUCAAACUCCUGGGAAGGCAACGCAAGCCCCUUUACAGCAUACUGCCCACCAGAGGGCAGAGUGGAGCCCCCCACCAGCGAACCAGGAGAACACACUUGCUGUGUCUCAAAGUCCUUAUCCAGUGCAGGACAGAAGGGCCCAGCGGAGAACUUGUUCCAGGCUGAGAAAGACUCAGCAGGAGGAAGCUCAGAGAAAGACGGGAAUGUGUCGUUAUUCUUCCACAUCCCCUCUUACCUGGAACACGCGGCGGCGUCUCAAGACAGAGUUUACAUGUCAUAAGAGGAUUCAGCUUUACUGUGUGAUUCCUCGUUAUUUUAGGAGCUAUUUCACAGUUUAUUUAUUGAUAGGAAAUAAAUGUGGCUUAGAGUAAACAGAGAGUCCCAACAAAUAAUGCAACAGAGACAUAUAUGUUUAGUGUAAAAAACAAAAAA